UUUGAAUAUGAUUUUCUAACGAACGACAAUCGAAUUUGUUUCAGACAAAUCUACUAUUCGCCUUUAUCUUCUUUUCAUCUAUAUUCGAUUCCGGUACUUGCUCUGAAGAACAAUUUGUCAAAUAUCGAUCAAUACGUGAAGGAACUUGGACGGAAGACUUCGCAAACGGACGGUAUGGUGAUGUCGUCUACUGGCGUACUUUAUUUCGGUCUACUAGCUGACGACGCCAUCGCUAUGUGGGAUACCAAGAAUACACGAUCCUUUACCGUCGGUCAACGAAUUAUAUCGCGCGAUCAUGUAUUGACGCAGUGGCCCGACAGUUUCGCAUUUGACGAAGACGGCAAUUUUUGGUGCGUCACCAAUAUGUUGCAAAACUUCUUAAAUAAUCGCGUUGAUAUCAACAUACCCAACUACCGUCUUAUUCGAUCACGCGUAGGCGUUAAAAAUUAUCAAUAUUACGAGAAUGGCACGGCGCCCGAGUUACCAGAUUUCACCGCCGGUGCUGAUUCCAUCACAUUUGUACUCGUCGCGCUAUUGUCUACCAUUUUGGUAUUUAUCGCGAAAUAACCACUUUAUGACAAAAUCCUGUUAAAGAUAUUUAUGUUAUGAAUACGAAGAAACAAUUUACGAAUCCACGCCAAAACAGUUAAUCAUGUAUUAAUUAAAACGACGCACAAAUUUAACUAUCAAUCAGAGGCAUAUAUAAUUAAAAACGCAUAAUGCGCGAUUGCGUAACCAAUCAGACGCAAUACACGAUACUCGUUACAUGAAAAAUCUGUGCUAUGUGACCUUUGAACAUCGUGUCUUUUCUUACAGCUUAUUCGAGAAAGAAACGUAAGAUCUAACAACAGGCUAACGUUAUAUGUAUAGAGAAAUACAGUUUAAUUUUAUCACAUGAAAGUGUGUGACCGAUUACCUUACAUCAUUGCCAAAAUCAAAAUAUUUUACAUGAUUUAAAAGAUUAUACUACAGUUUACAGCAAGAAAUUACUUUGAAUCAGAUGAGGUACAUUUUUAUAGACUUUUCAUAUUGAAAUUAACGCCACAAGCCAAAUGUUUUUAGCACAUAUAUAAGAUUUUUAAAAUAACUGAGAUAUAACAUACAAGAAAUGGCUUUUUUGCGAUACUAGAACAUAACAGGUGCGCGCUUCAUGCGCGCUACUAAGCUUUUAACAUUUAUACAGGAUGUUUUCAAAUUCGCGCCCACGAAGUAUAAGACGUGAAACUUUAUGCUAAAAUAAACAACUUUUUCCUUUAA